GAGGGUACUCCCAUGAUGCACUCCACCAAUGACCACACCUUCGACCACUUUAACUCCUCCCUCCUCGGUCUCGUUGGGGAGAGUCUCUGGCUGGCUGAUCUCUACAUGGACUGCGACCAAACCAACAACGGCUGGUUCGAUUUCAAGGGUUACAUGGUGGAUCUUCGAUCAGGCGUCUACGGCGAAGGAUGGGAACACUACAUCUACGAGACCACCUGCAACGUCGACGGGGAAGUCGUGGACGUUCCCGACAGAGGCAACCAUCACGCCAAAUGCGGCUACUUCAACCUUGGAAUCUGGAACAACGGUCGAUGCUGGGCCACGAAGCUAGAUUACCCGACAAUGCUGUUCCGCAGUGCGUGGACGGAAUCGGAGUUUUAGAUUCGAACUCAGAGGUGGUGGACCUAUUGAGCCACCAUGUACCUUUUGCAGAUUCGUUGAUUUUGCUGUUUAGAGUUGAUUCCACCAUAUUAUCCUUGACAUAAACAUUUAUCAAUAAUGAUGAUGACAAGAAAACAUUUUCCGAAAUAUAUCGGCUUGGAAUGCUGUUUGAAGAUUGCUGCUGUGUACUACUGAAUAAAGUGCUGAUGUAGA